CUGUCAACACAUUGAUAAUUUAUAUGAUUCCUUACAGCUCAGAAGGGGCAGAGAGAGGAAGCCAUCAACAAAGCAAAGAUUUUAUUUAACUUAUUAGAUGUCAAAUGGAGAGCUGAGCAGAUUCAGAAAGCCCACAGUGUGGGAAUGGGAAAUGAUGGAGGAUAAAGGGCCUCGUGUAGCCGACUACUUUGUGGUUGCUGGCCUCACCGAUUCAUCCAAGCCUGUAGAGGAGGAGCUCCACUGUGAUGAUGCCGCGCCCAAGUCUGUGAAACCCAAAGCCCCCAUCACCGAUGUAGCUGUGGUGAUCCGCUCCCUGGGGGAAGAGGUACCCCCAGGUUUCACCUGUGUGGAAAACACCCCCUCAGGCCUUUCUGCAGAGCUCAAUGGAGCCAGCCUCAGGGGCCCACAGAUCUUCUUGUGCUUCAAGCGAGGCAGAGAUAAGCCCCCACUGACAGAUCUUGGAGUCUUAUAUGAGUGGAAAGAGAAGCUGAAGCCUGGAUGUCACAUUGUUCAGACCACGCCCUCAGGUCGCCCUGCCAACAUCAGCAGCUCGUCCUCCCAACGCAUCUACAUCACCUACCGCCGUGCCCCGAAGAGCCAGCCCCACACUUCACUGGCUGUCACUGAUGUCUGCAUCAUCAUCCCUGGCAAGGGGGAAACGCCCCCUCACACCUUCUGCAAGGUGGACAAGAACCUCAGCAGUAGCAUGUGGGGAUCCUCAAUUUACCUUUGUUAUAAAAAGUCUCUGGCUAAAGCAAACACAAUCGCAUACAAAGCAGGUCUGCUGUGUAGGUACCCUGAAGAGGACUACGAGUCCUUCCCCCUGCCUGAGUCAGUCCCUAUGUUCUGUCUGCCCAUGGGGGCUACAAUCGAGUGCUGGCCAGCACACACCAAACAUUCUCUACCUGUUUUUUCCACAUUUGUAUUGACAGGGGCAUCUGGAGAAAAGGUGUACGGAGCAGCCAUCCAGUUCUAUGAGCCUUACUCAGAGGAGAACCUGUCUGAGCGUCAGCGCUCACAGCUUGGCCUGCCAAGCUCUGAUCUCAGAUCUGAUGGGACCAAAAGUCUUUACAGUAACAAGAGCAUCUGUCUGCUCUCCCACUGGCCUUUUUUCCAGUCCUUCAGGAGCUUUCUUACAUUCCUGUACCGAUACUCCAUCUCUGGACCACAUGCCCUGCCUAUUGAAAAGCACAUCUCUCACUUCAUGCAAAAUGUGCCAUUCCCCUCCACUCAGAGACCACGAAUCCUCGUGCAGCUGUCCCCACAUGACAGCCUCAUCCUGAGCCAGCCUGUCUCCUCUCCACUCCCCCUCAGUGGUGGAAGCCUCUCCACAUUACUGCUAAAUCUGGGCCCGAAAAACGCAGCCACUCUGCUGGUGUUGGCUGUCACAGAGCACAAGAUCCUGGUCCACUCCCUGCGUCCAGCUGUACUCACCAGUGUCACUGAGGCCCUUGUGUCUAUGAUCUUUCCCUUCCACUGGCCAUGCCCCUACAUCCCUCUGUGCCCUCUGGCCUUGGCUGAUGUGCUCAGUGCACCAUGUCCAUUUAUUGUAGGUGUAGACUCCAGAUACUUUGACCUCUAUGUGCCCCCGGCUGACAUCAGCUGUGUGGAUCUGGACACCAACACAAUCUCCCAAAAAGAUGAGAAGAAGGCUUUAACAUGGAAAAUCUUGCCCAGGAGAGCCUGUAAACAUCUUCUGAAUACCCUGAAUAAGCUCUAUCAGCAGCUCACUGAGGGUGGUCAGUUGAAUCGCGAGGAGGCUCGGAUGGAGAACACGGUAACAGACAGUGAGCUCAGUGGGGGGAAGAGCCUCCACACUCUGGAGCUGGAGAUCCAGGAGGCCUUCCUGCACUUCAUGGCAGCCAUCCUACGAGGCUACCGCUCUUACCUGCUGCCCAUCACCCAAGCUCCCUCUGAGAAGACCACAGAUGCCAGCUCCCUCUUUGACCUCCAAGGUUUCUUGAAGAGCAGAGAUCGCUCCCAUCAGAGAUUUUACUCCCUCAUGACUAAGACUCAGAUGUUCAGCCGGUUUAUAGAGGAGUGCUCCUUCGUCAGUGAUAAAGAUGCCAGCUUGGCUUUCUUUGAUGAGUGUGUUGAUAAGAUGGACAUUGAGCGGCCAGAGGACACUAGACUGAUUGAACUGGAUGAAUCCCACCGCAGCGAGCACACAGUCUAUAUCAACCCUCCAGAGCUGCCUCCACUGCCACAGGGGGAAGAACAUCCUCUGUGCUACAGCUAUGCUGGGUUCCCUGUGCUGAAUGCUGAGCUUCUAGAGUCACUGGAGGGACAAGUGCCUUCAUCAGCAGGCAUGGCCUCGCGUCACAGCAGCCCAGCCAGCCCUACAGCCAUUUUUAGACGCUCUAAACAGGAGAUUAAAUCAGCUCAAAGAAUGGCCAAAACCUAUUCAGCUAUGCCUCAAAUGUGGUCCAAGUGUCUGCUGCGCCACUGCUAUGGCCUGUGGUUCAUCUGUCUGCCAGGAUUUGUCGGAACCUGCCACUCCAAGGUGCGAGCUCUGCGUACAGCUUACGAUGUGCUGAGGACGAUGCAGGACAAGAAGCUGCAGGCUCCAGAUGAUGUCUGUUACCGUGUGUUGCUGCAGUUAUGCGGCCAGUACAGCCAGCCUGUCCUGGCUGUCAAGGUGCUGUUUGAGAUGAAAAAGGCUGGGGUUCAACCCAAUGCCAUCACCUAUGGGUACUACAACAAGGCGGUGUUGGAAAGCACCUGGCCUUCCACCACCAGAGGAGGCUACUUUCUGUGGGGAAAGCUGAGGAAUGUGGUCCUAGGUGUGCUCCAGUUCAAGUUAGCAAGGAGAAAACAGCAGACUCCACAAAGAGAUCCUCAGCUCUCAGAUGGCAGUGAUCUUGACACCGUCAGUCACGGCAGUUUGGACAGUGCUAAUGACUCUGUUGAACGCACGUCCAUCGACACCGAUUUCACUAAAAUGGACUCUAGUGAUGAUGGUUUUAGUACAGGUGGACAGUCAGACCAAGGCUAUGAUUCACUGUCGAAGGAGGAGGAGAGGAUGUGUGGCAGAGACACUGACAGCACAACACUGGCCGACGACAAAGGCCAGAGGCAGUCCACAGCUGAGAUUGAGGUUCCAAUCAGCAGCGUAUCUCCUACUGCCAGAAGCUGCAAAUCAAAAGAUGCCAGUGCAGGCAAUAGCAGCAGGAUUGGUUCUAGUCCCGCUACUGAUAGCAUUUUGUGUGGAGUUCUGCCAAAGACAGAGAGGCCAAAAUCUCUAGAUUUGUCUGGAACUCUGAGGCUCACUGUGCCUUAUCUAAGCUCUGUGAAGCAGAAUCACUGUGAAGAGAAACUGUACUGGGUAGAGGAAGAGGAGGCAGAGACUGAUAAACAGAAACCUCUGGCGGAGAGGAGUGGAAGCUGCAGUCAUGCAGUGGAGAGGCCAGGCGUCUCCACAGAGAGGAAUAUCAGCUGCAGCACUGGUACAGUGAGGAGGACAGGUAUAGAGACGGGAUUUGACCCCUUGUCACUGAUGGCAACCGCAACUGCACAAGAGUGUGGAAAGGACAACAAGAGCACGCCUACUGCUCGGCACGACCUCGCUGAGGAGAUUGAGAUGUACAUGAACAACGGCAACAGCCCUCUGAGCAGCCGCACGCCCAGCAUGGACCUGCAGAGCCCCUCGUGCCCCUUCCUUAGCUCCACGUCUUCACCUCACACCUCCCCACGACCCCCUGCCCUGCUUCGCUCCAACACACACAUCCCACUGACUGUCAGAUCCAAGGAGAGGCUGAGGUCGUCACCAUCACUUCCACUGGGUGUCUGUAACAAAGACAAGGAGAGGCCUUUGUCAUUCGUGUCACCCUCAUCACCUACCCCCUCCACUUCAUCGUUCUCCAUGGACUCCCUUUUUACGCCAACUCUGGAUAUUUUCAAGAGCAGUGUCAUAUCAGCAGGGAAGGGCGUGGCUGAGAAGGCCAGUCGCCUCUACUCUCGUCUGUCCUCCCAGACUUCAUUAAUACAGGAUGCAAACUGUGACCGCAUUAGUGUAUCCUCGAUGACAUCGGGAGAGGCAGACUGCUCCUUGAUGCUUGAUAAUGACUCCUGUCUGGACCCAGAUGGCUUUAGCUCCCCCCAGCAAAGCAGCAUGUCCCGACUCAGGAGGAGUCCCAUUGUGGGCCAAACCAACCUGGGCAGCCCUAGCACCCCCAACAGAGUGUUCAGACACAACUCUUUCUCCGGUGGUUUGGCACGGCCCUCUAAAAGUCCUCACGCUCCAGAUUCCUCCCCCGACACCAGCCGCUUACAACCCACUGUCCAUUAUGCUAUAGAGGUGCUGAUGUCCAGUUGUUCGCUCUGUAAGACGUGUGACUGUCUGGUGUAUGAUGAGGAGAUCAUGGCUGGCUGGACAGCAGAUGACUCAAACCUCAACAGUACUUGUCCUUUAUGUGGCACAGAAUUCCUGCCUUUCCUCAAUGAGGACAUGUCUGCAUCUCUCAAUCCGGAAGCCAAAACGUCUGCAGUAGCCUCCGCAGCUCCUCUACAGAAGCAAGACAGCAGCAGGAGUGCUGAGCCAGCUGUCCGAACCUCAGCCCCAACGUCUGCCUCUGCUCCAGUGACGGUGCCCUACCUGAGCCCUCUGGUUCUGUGGAAGGAACUGGAGAGCCUGCUGGUAAAUGAGGGCGACCAGGCCAUCUCCUCCCCAAGCAUUGUCGACCAACAUCCUAUUGUCUUCUGGAACCUUGUGUGGUACUUCAGAAGGCUGGAGCUGCCGAGCAACCUGCCAGCUCUUAUCCUGGCCUCCCAGCACUGUAGCCAUGACGACCAGACUCCUCAGGCCUUUUCAUCUGAGGACAGUAAGCAGGUGCUUGUGAGAAUUAUGUGGGACAACCUGAAGUUGCACCAAGACAAAAUCCAACCCUGCUAUGUCCUGUGGAACACACACUGUGCUAACUCCCUGAUUCGCUUUGGGCUGUGUGAAGAAGGCCAACUCUUCACUGUGGAGCUACUGCAGGGUUUAGUGAGGAGCAUUAAGAAGAGCGAUGUCUAUCAGCCCAUGAGCCAGAUCAUACAGCUGCUGUGGCCAGAGCUGGGUUUUAAGAGACAGAGGAGCCUCUACAGAGAUUUAUUGUUCCUUGCACUGGUGGCUUUGGGGAAGAACAACAUUAAUAUCAGUGCUUUUGACCGGGAGUACAAGUUGGCAUAUGACCGCCUCACGCCCAACCUGGUUAAACUGACACACAACUGUGACCGCCCCCCUGGAGCAGGGGUCAUGGAAUGCAGGAGGACUUUUGGAAGCCCCAGUUUGUAAUUCUUCUAUUACAUUAUGUUUUUCCUUCAACUGCGGGCGCUGCUGCUGUUGUUUUGGACUACUCUUCAGGCUCAGGACCAGCUCACCUGAUUGGAGAAUACGUCUCUUUAAAGCACAACUGGGAAAUGACACUUAAUGCAAUGCAACUGCCAUGAGUUUCUUCUGUUCUCUUAGAGCUGAGAGGUGUGGAGUGACAGACCUUGUGUUUGUAAAUAUUUUUUAAAAUAUACUGUAUUUUCAGUAUAACUGCAGUGAAAUGUUUGUACAGUUAUAUAGUCUAUUUUAUGACUUUGUUUCUGAAGCUGUGAGUUAAUAUGUAAAAGUAAGUGUAUGAUCACGUUGUCUAAAUUCCUCAGUGGUCCUGGUGACCUUGUCAAGACUGUUGUCGAGUGUCUGUAUAAUAAAUACUUGAUUUUUUAGACAUUCAUGUUACAAAGCACUUUGACAAGAUGAGCUCUAAGGUAAUGCUGUGGCCCAGCAGCCCACACUUAAGUGACUUUUUAUUUGGCAGCUGCAGGACAUACUGUGCUGGCUUUAUAUUUCCAUUACAUUCACAAAAGAAAUUCCUCCUUAUCUGCACAUUGUAAACCUGGUAGGGCCAUACUCAUAUGCCUAAAUACACUAAACUAGGUGAUAACAUAGAAAAAGGAUACAACUUGACAUUAUUUCUGAAUCAUGAAGGAUGUAUUCAAUUAAUGUAUACAUGUUUAUUAAUGUUUCCUUUUUGUACAAUGCACCAAAGUAACCACAAAGGGGACUAAUACUUCAUUGAUCUAUUUACAGCUAUUUUUUAGGCAAUACUUAAAAAAAGUGGAUUGAAUAAUUGUGUGUUAUAUGGGACCACGAAGGAUACAUUUUCUUAAAACAGUACAAUCAAACUGAAGAAAGACGAAACAAAAAACGUUUCUUUGCACUGAGUAAAUUAAAAGAUAUGUAAAUGUCAAAGAUGUCAAGUUUGAAAAACAGCUCCAACCUGCCCUAUAUCACGAUCACUUCUAGUAUUGUACACUGUGGUAAUACUGUAGUAACUGACAAAACCUGCCUGUUUGUAGUGUGAUGCAACUUAUUACCGAACUUCACCACAAUAACUUAUAAUGACACAAUGCUGGACUAGAUAAGGCUGUGUGCUAGGAGUAAACGCCGGCCUCACAGCUUGUAAAUUUGCAUAUAAUCCACCUUGCAAGUUGUAACCAAUAAGUAAAAAAAGAAAAAAAAAACACAGAUGACCAAAACAAUUUUAUGUCUACAUGUUGUUUACACUAUUUGACAAGUUAAACGAUGUUUAUGAAGUAUUAUUUAUCAAUUGUAACACAGAUGCUGAUUUGUAUCAUUUUUACAUAAAAAAAAGAAAUAAAAUUUC